AUGUCUGCGGGGCCCGGCGGAUCCGCUCUGGUGCCUGCGGGCUCCCUUUCGACAAUUGGACCUAGCUUUCAACAGCAAGGAACGCUUGAUUGGGUAUCCCUUGGGCAGACGCAAUUUUCUGCCUCUAUUGCCAUUCUCGGGCGCCUAUCUGCUGCUGGUAUUGAACCUUUGACUGUCGGGGUUGGUCAAGCGGUAUGCUCUAGAGUUCCAUUGGGCAUACAUGGCGAGAAGACGCUGAGCGAGGCAAUGUCUUCUUUGAAGGCAGUUUCAAGCUUUGGAGAACUGAUUUGGUUCGGCGUGGGAAUAAGUCAUAUUUUGAGAACUCUCGUCCAGACCUCGCAAGGCGCUUCUCUGGUGGCACUCUGCGCCGCUUUGAGCGAAGGCUACGAUAUACCUGCUUCUGCUGCCGUCCUCUAUGAGAUGGCUAAAAGGCUAGGAGCACCGAGGGACUUAAGUCCCUCCUUCGAUCAAUGGAAAGCUGUGGUAAAAGUCUCUUCAUGUGUUCUUUGCCACACGAAAUUCGGUAUCUGCUGUGAUCAAAUGUCAAGGCUUUCUGGGUAUAGCUUAGAUGAAAUCAACUCAAGCAGUAGGGGCCACCCACAAGAUUUGGCCGAGAUCAUCAUACGGAUGGGUGACGUCGCUUCCAACAAGGCUCUUGCCAUAUCCAUAGUCGGUGGUGUCAGCUGCAGCUGGGUCGCCGUUUUUGCAGACUUCGUACUUGGACUGCGGGUUACUGUGAAAGAUAUUCAUGGACGAAGGGUGUACAGAAAUUUUGACAAAACUUUCGCUAGUGCACAGAUCGAAGUUGAGUUCAAAAGAGAUAUUCCCCAAGAUAGCGUCACAUGCGCAGGUCAUAGCUUUGUUCUCCGCGAUGGAGAAUCCUUCAUCGACCGCUAUGUUGCUUUUAAGGAAACGGUGGAAAACGGUCCACUAUUUGGUAGUAGAGUCGAAUGGCACAGUAUGUUUCGAGACACCUUCGAUGUGACGAUAGAGAAUCUUUUUAUGCCGUUCCAUGCUAUACGUUCUGGAGGGCCAGCGUAUCCUGGGAAAGAACAAACCCAAAAAGAUUUUGUGAAAUUCUUUACUGCUGGAGCUGCUCUCUACGUAUACCACAGCUCCGAGAAAUCACGAUAUUGCAGUGUUCACGACUUUGUUAUAAGUGCCGUUGAGCACAUCUCUGAGCUUAUACCCUCAAAAAUCGAUUUAUUGGAAGCUGCAAGAUGUCAUGACCAAGGCUCACAAAAUGAAUAUGCGAUUGUAAAAGUACUUGAUGAUGUACAUGCUCGUCUUGAGUCAAGUUGUCAUUGUGAAGAACACUCAUUAUGUACUCCUGACACCGGUCCGCGAUACCAUUAUUGCCAAUCUAAAAUAGCGGCCACUGCUUUGGUCUUGAGCUAUAUACUUGGUCAAUUGAGCCUCUUUGUAUCUCUGACUCCAACCAGAAUUGGUAUAAUUCAACUAUACAAGCGAAUGAAAAAUUUUAGAUGGACCAACCUUUCCUCGAGGUGGGACAGACUUUCAAAUAUGAACGAAUCUUUUGGAAAGUUUUUAACUCUGUACUCCUGUAUGUCACUUUUCUCUCGUCAACCAUCAUCAAAUUCUAUGUAUGAGAACGUUGCAGCAAUAAGUGAUGGGAAAAUCUACUGCUACAUCGACACAAUCUGGGAACUGUCUGAUCGGCUGGAGACAGCCUCCGUUAUUCACAUUGGAGCCGGGUCUAUUCAGGCCGGUCAACGUCUCUACGGCGAGGUUUACGAUGGAUCGGGUGCUUUACUAGAAGAUUGUUGUACUUACGAGGUAGAACAUAUUCAAAAUGUGGAAACCAGUCUUGACAAGGUCCAAUCUCUACUGGGAGAAGACACCACUUCUUCGGACAUAAAAGUGGAAGCGGUCGUAGAGGAGAACAUUCGCCUUGAAUUUUAUUAUCGACUGAUCUCGAAACGAGGGACAACCCGAAUUUAUCCCAGAUCGUUUGUCUCAGAUUUUCUUGAGCCUGCUGUAGAGGGUUACGACUUAGGACCAUGCAAGAGGUUCUACGAACCCAGGCUUUCUGAGACCAGCAAUCAAACCCAGGAUUACAACCCGAAGUCAUGCUACAAUACGUCAGUAUUGUACGGUGAAGGCACCGUACCAAAGCGUCGAGACUCAGAUCCACGUAUUCAAAUACGUCCUCACCACGGCAAUACACUUGGCCGCUGUGCUGCUUUGGUAAACUCACAUAAGCCUGUAAUCUUGAUAAACAGCAAAGAAGAUCUCCUCAGAUACAUGAUGGCACUUUGUGAUGAGGGAAAGCGAUAUCGGCAGGACAUGUUUUGGACGUUACUAUGA